UAAUUUGUAUUCAUGAAACGAAAACACAAGUUAUUGUCGUGCAUUCCUAUAUUUGUAAUCUCCCAUAACAACCAUAUAUAGUCUGCCAUCACGGUCAAGGAAAAUAGUAUUGAGAGAAGCGCAACAGUUAUUCAACAUGGCGAUGUUAUUAUUAGUUAUUACUGUCAUGGCCGCAUUGGUAGGAACUGUACUUAGUGACUGCUACGGGGAAGCUGGUGGUAUUCACCGUAUCAAUGACUGCCAAGGAACGUUUUAUGCAGGCAGUGGUGGUAUUUACUAUUUCACUAAUGGACCAAAAAGGUUUGUUGCGGGUACUGGUGGUACUUACAAUGGGGAUGCUGGUGGAGAUGAAUUCAUUGCAGGUCAUGAUGGUGUUUAUAAUCUUGAAUCUACUAGAGGCAAACAUCAAAAUGGACAAGGAGUUGUUCAAGGGGGUUCAGGAGGUGUGUACCAUUUACCACAUGGUUAUGGAACAGUGACUGGAGCUAGUGGUGGUGUUUAUUAUGGAGAUGCUGGGGGAAGAGGAUUGGUUGAUAGCACUGGCGGGAGUUUCUUUGUAAGGUCUUCUUAAAUAGGAGUUAUUGGAUUAGGAGAGUGGUUGUGUCUAUCAAAUAUGAAAUGUCUCCGGUAUUAAAAGUGCCAUAGGAGCCUUUCAUGAAUGUUUUUAUAUUUUUGUAUGUUCCUAUUGUUUUUCAUACCUGAAUUGAAUAUUUUGAAGCAAGAUUACAAUAAAAAUGAUUUUGGAUGA